UGCAUCCCGGUGUGCCAUGCAGCUAGCUAGGUCUCAGUAAAUGUUAUGAGUUAACGACUAGGAGCAGAGUUCAUUUUGAAAUGGAAAACUAUAAAGCAGCAAUGGUUCUCGUGGAAGUCGGUAAUGCAGUGGGGUACCAAAACACGCGCCAGGGCUAUUGGAAAUGUUUGCAGAAAUUCAAGGAGUUUGAGGACACUCAUUAUCUGGACAAAGUAGUUCAGCCGCCUGCUCAAUGGGAAGUUCCCUUGGAUAUAUUAAUGCACAUGGCAACGGCUGAAGUUCUUACUGCGGGUCUGGACAGCUGGCAGUCAUUUUACAGGGAACUUGCAAAAAAAUACCUUAUUGCAUUGGCCGGAGUUCAAAAUAGCAAUGAAGAUUUGGGACAUGAUCCUUCCACCAAAAGUGGCCCUGAACUUAAAUGCGUAGCUGCUGGAAGAGGCAUGUGUAUAGGAAUGUGCUAUUCAAAACCCGAGCAACUUCAUGACCUUAUUCAAGCAAGCAUUGAAUGUGGCCGAAUGACGCACAGUUACCCUGCAGGUUUCCUGGGUUCUCUAUGUACAGCACUGUUCACAUCAUAUGCUAUACAAGGGAAGCCUGUGUCUCAGUGGGGGCGAUUGAUGCUGGGUGUGAUGUCACAGGCAGAGAAAUACUGUAGAAAGAAGAUAGCCCUAUUUUCAGAUUAUAGUGAAAAUUGGUUUUACUUUGAAGCCAAGUGGCUGUUCUACCUCCAGCACAGAACAAUUGACAAAGACGGCUGUGACAAUCCUGUCUUUCCAGAAAACUACGAUGCCAAAGAAAGGCACAAGCUGUACAAACGUUGGAGUUCAGAGUCGUCUGGAAGAAGAAAGGGUCUUGAAAUUACACUCAUCAUCUAUGAUGCCUUGCUGGCUGCUGGCAAUGACUGGAACAAACUCUGUCAAAGGGCCAUGAUUCAUGGAGGAGACAGUGAAUCUACAGGUGCCAUAGCUGGAUGCUUGUAUGGCCUUUUGUACGGGAUUGAAAACGUUCCCAAAUGUAUCCUACAAAACCUGAGGUUAAAGGAACAGCUGGAAAGACUGGGCAAGGGACUGUACCAUGUUGCUCAUGGGGAAAGGUAA